AUGUUAGAAGCCAGAGACACACAUGGCUCGCCUCGUCAAGCCGUUCGCGCAUUGGUCGCCGCUACCACCGAUCCAACCCCAAUCAGCCAUUCCUCCACCCACAACACUGCUACUAGCAGUAAAAUAUACAUAGUGGUACAGAAAAUAACUAUUGGACUCUGUCACGCCCACCACAAGGACAAUGGCAACCCACUGAGAAUCCAACUCAAUAUCCUACGAAUGUCCCCACCAACUCUCCCACGAACGGUAUGGAUGCACCAACUUCCCAAGCUCCCACGGCAAACGUACAAACAGAACCUCCACGCACAGUUCCUCCCCGUACGCCUCCUCCUCUUAGAACGUCUGCCCCCAUACCCCGAGAUACACAGCCUCCCUUUCUUCCUCCUCGUGGUGGUGGUGGUGGUGGUGUUGGUGGUGGUGGUGGUGGUGGUGGUGGUGGUGGUGGUGGUAGACAAACGACAACUAAACGACAUCAUUAGUACUACUAGCGACAGCAACAACAAUGAUGAGGAUCAGGAGUGGCAAUUCCCCUUUGCCGUUUUGGGGGCCCUCUAUUCCAGUGUCACGUCUCCUCUGACACUGCUUGGACAAGCCUACGAGUUGCCACAAAUCAGUGGCUCGGCCUCCUCGGCUGCUCUAGAUUCCUCUCCCUUGUUUGCCAGAUCCAUCCCUACCAAUGCGGGAGAUUCCAGAGCCGUCAUGCUCUAUUACCAGAGUAUUGGAGUCACACACGUGGCGUGUCUCUACGUUCGAGAUUCUUGGGGAAAUUACUACAAUGCCGACUUGCAAUGGGCCGCCAAUCAAUUGAACAUUCACAUUCGAUCCUUCAGUUACGAUGAUGGAAACACAGCCAGUAUUGCAUCUGCAUUGCAGCAAUUAAAACAAUCGGGAUUGAAAUAUGUCUAUGCCGUUUUAUUCGAUUGGAGAUCUGUCUUGUUGCAAGCACAAGAAAUGAAACUCAUCGGACACAAUGAUUAUGUCUGGAUUGGAGCGGAAUUAGUUGAAUGGGCAUCGGAAACAAUGGAGUUGUCAAGACACAAUCCGGUUGAGCAAAAGCUGGCGCUGGCGCUGGCACUACGGGGUGUGGGAACGGUGGUAUUGGAUGGAGGCAACAACAAUGAGGGGCUGCAAACGGCCAUGUUUGAAUUUGUCAACAGUACAACACUGCAACAAGAAUUCAUUACGGCACACGUGUCAUCAGAGGAUCAACACAUUUUCGACAAUUUCACCUUUGUUGUUCCUACCAUUGACACCUACCAAAAAUUAUUCUAUGAUGCCACCUGCAGCUUGGCCAUUGCCGCAUGUGAGACGCCCGGACUCUUUACGGGACCAGAACUCUUCGACACGUUGGUACAUCUUGAAUUUGAAGGCGUCACCGGCACAGUUACCUUUGAUACCACCACCGGGACACGCAAUCCCGACAGUGUUGCGUACCGCAUUGACAAUGUGUUUUGGAGUGAGGAGCGAUCCGAUGACGACUACAUCCGAUUUGACUCGAAUUUGGCCGUCGUGGUCACACAGGGUCAAGUGGAACAUGCCCAUAGGUGGAUCUACUUUGACAAUACCACCAAUCGUCCGUUGGCCAUUCCAGUGACCGAACACGAUUAUAACUUUAUACCCAUGGGAGCGCAAGUGGUCGGAUGGUUGUUGGGAGGAUUCAUGGUGUGCUUGAGUGCGGGCAUUAUGGCGUGGACAUUGUUCCAUCGCAAACGCUUUGUGGUACGGGCCAGUCAGCCGAUUUUCUUGGUCCAGUUGUGUGUUGGGACUUUGAUUAUGAGUCUGGCAGUGAUACCCAUGAGUAUGCAGGGGGGAGAAUCGACUCCUCAAUUGGAUGUGGCAUGUAUGUGCACCCCUUGGCUGCUCUUGUUGGGGUUUGUCGUUGCAUUUUCAGCUUUGUUCUCCAAGACGUGGAGAUUGAACAAACUCUUGGCAUCGGGUCAGGGGAUGAAUCGGAUUCAAGUACAAGCAAAAGACGUCAUGUGGCCGUUUGUUGUACUCAUGACCAUCAAUGUCACUUUGCUCUUGGGGUGGACGUUGGUGUCGCCAGCAAAAUAUGUCCGCGUCGAUGGCAACAAUUUUGAUGAAUAUGGAAGAAGCCUGGAAUCCUGGGGGCAGUGCAAGAGUCAGGACAACAAGUUUCUGUACUUUUUGAUUCCCAUUCUCUUCUUCAACAUGGUUGGGAUUGCCACAGCCACGUAUCAAAGCUAUGUGGCCCGUGAUCUACCAACCACACUGUCAGAAUCUUCGUAUCUGGCGGUCAGCAUGCUCAGUCUAAUGGAGAGCCUCUGCUUGGGUGGCCCCAUGUUGUUCUUGGUAAUGGGCCAACCUACCGCGUUCUAUUUGGUGGGUUCAUGCAUGAUAUUCAUCGUGAAUGCCAGUAUAUUACUCCCCGUAUUUGUACCCAAGUACCUGCAGCGCAAUGCAACACAGCGAGGAAGGGGAGGCACGGCAUCUUUGGUCUCCUCGAACCAUCCAGGCAUUAGUGUCAGGCGCAGUGCUACGGCUGGACAAGAUAAAUUCUCAGAAUGGGGGAAGAUGCAUAUUGCCCGUAACUCCACAGGUACCGGUACAGGUACCGGUACCGGCAGCAAUCUGGAAUUCAGUGCACGUAGUGGUAGAUUUCAUGCCAGGAGUCUGGAAAUUGGCCAUUCUUUUUAA